AUGAAGUCCACCAUUCUAUCCUCCGCUCUUUUGGCUGCUCUUGCAGCCGCAACACCCAUGCCGCAGACCGGCUCCACUUCUUGCAGGGCGUACACCGUAUUGUUCGCUCGUGGCACUACCGAGACUGGAACUCUUGGCUACGUUGUUGGACCCGGGCUGCAGAAGUCUGUCGAAUCGGCGCUGGGCGCUGACCAGGUGACCACAGUCGGUGUCUCGUAUGCCGCUGACGCAGCCGGUAUCUGGGCUGAGUCGACCGGCUCCGGUCCUGGCUCCCAGGCGAUGACCAAGCAGGCUCAGCAGGCUCUCAGCAGUUGCCCGGAGACCAAGCUGAUCCUAACUGGCUACAGCCAAGGCGCUAUGGUUGUACACAACAGUGCCAAGCUGCUGGGAAGUCAGGUCUCGACCGUCGGCGCAGCAGUCACCUUUGGCGACCCGUUCAAGACCCAGCUGCCCAGCGGCAUUGAUACUGCGAAGUUCCACACUUUCUGCGCACCUGGUGACGCCGUGUGUGGUUCAGUGGGCAGCUGCGCCGGAACAGGGGGUUGUACAUCUAAGAGCACCUCUGGUCACUUGGGAUAUGGCUCGGAUGUUAGUGAAGCCGCUGCAUUUAUCAAAUCUGCUGCUGGUGCAUGA